UUGUUUUCCUUGCGUGAACCUCGCCGCAAGUUCCGUAAACCGGCGCGGCGAUCGGCUCGCGGAAACCGCUACUAACUAAUUAGCCCAAGCGCUUACGGUUCCAGGAUCUAGAUUUUAAUUCCGCUCGCGCGCGUGCAACUUCGACCUCAAUGACCAGUCGCAAUGGGUGCCUUCAAGACGUCGUUCUUCCGCGAGCUGCUGCAGCAGAAUGUGGCCGUUUACGGGCAGCUUUUGCUGGCCUGCCGGGAUGGAGCGCGAUUCCGUGGGAAUUUUGACCGGUUGGAGGAAGCUGCGCUGGAGGCUGCGAUUUAUCUGCUUGUUUUGAGAGGUCAAAAGAGUGAGGAUGUUCCUGGCAUUGAGUGGAUGAGUGGGAAGAGGCUGCUUGGGUUGGUGGAGGACCAGCAUUUGCGGCUGCAGAAGGAGGAUGUUCGGUUGGGGCUGGUGCUGAACGUGGUUGGGUUGUUGGUGCUUCAGGAGGGAGACUGGCGGACGGUUGGAUACUUUGUGGAUCGGUUUCAGCGGGAUUUCUUUGAGCUUCCGGUGUUUUACGAAGUUUUGAGGGUGAUGCUGCUGGCUUCGUUGGAAAAGGAUGCUCUUAGGGUGGGGUUUGAGCGGUUGGACGUGGACAGAUUGGUUGGGAAUCUUCACUCGGAAUCGCACCAGAUUCAGCUCAAGUCGUUGGCCUGCCUGCAGCUGUUGAGCAACUUUCGUCCUGAUGUUUGCGAAAGUUGGUUUGAGGCGAUUGUCCGCGAUGAUGGACGGAUUUCCCAGGAACAUCGCAGCUUUAUGCUGUGUCACCUUGUUGAAACUGGUGCUAGACGGGAGGACCUGCGGGAAACGAUGGCCAAAGUAGUUGCCUCCGAGGACGUUUGGCUUCUACUCAAUGAAUGCUGCGAAUCGCCGGACCAGCUUGUGAGAAAGCAAGCACUUUCCGUUAUUAAAAGCUUGAUUGCUUACCAAGUGGACAAGAAAUCGACGGUCGAGUCGUGGCAAAGUUUUGUGACCAUCGUGGAAGCUUUGGGCGAAUCCCAGACUCAUCUGGUCUUGCCAGCGUUGCCAUUUGUUGGAAAGAUGGACCAAUUGAAGCCGGAAUGGAAGAAUUCCGCACUCAAAUUAAUCUUGAGACACGAAAAUAACGCCGUUUCCGGUUGGGGAAUCAACUACAUCCUGAAGCAAGACAGUUUCAACGACAAGAGACAGUCGCUGGAGCGAUUGUUCCUCAAUUCUCUAAACAGAACCCAACUCUUUCAAGAAUCAAACAGCGCAAAUCAGCUUCUAUCAAAUUACUACAAAUCACCGGAAGCGACCACUUUCCUCUUGGAAAACUUCAAAAACGUUCCGUGGGGAUCGGUUCCCUUUGCCAGCUUCCUGGAAAUCAUCGGACAACUCCUGCAAAACCAACCAACCAUCCAAAAUCUAGAAGAAAUCCUCUCCUCCCUAGUCGACCAGUGCUCAACGGUGAAAAACCUCAACCUUCGCAGCCUAACCGCCCUCAAUCUCUCCAACACGAUCAUCCAACUAACCCUCACAACGUCAACAAACCCACCCCCGCUGGACCGCAUCCUGCUCCAGCUGGAAACCCUCGCGAAGCUGAACGCGUCCGUCAAACUUCCGGAGCUAAGCAACUGGGACGAGUUUCAGCAGCGCGUGGAUGGGCUCUGCUUUGAGCGGUUACUGGCACGAGUCAGGAAGGACGGAGCGGAGCUGGAGGUGCUCGCGCGGGAUGUUUUUGUGCCGUUUAUGAGGAACGAGCGGACGUCGACGGAGCGCCGGUUCGGGCAGAUACUGGACAUGGACGUGAUGUUGGCGGUGAGACUCCUCCAACACGGCAAUCUUUCGUUCAGCGAGAUCGACCUGAAAGCCAAACUAACCAACUUGCUGCCCACAUUCAACGACGACGACUCCAAGGCCACCCUUCAAUCGGUGGAAAUCUACCAACAAUUGACCACCAACCCAAACCUCAUCCCACUACUCGACGAAGCCCUGCCAAAAUUGGUGCUGCUGUUCCACAAACGGUUGAACCGUUUGAACUACGAGUCACUGCCGAUCGCCGUCACCACCCAGUUGGUGCGGCUGUUUUGCCAGCUGGGACGAACGGACAUGGUCGACCUGUUCCUGGGGACCUUUUCGCUGGAAGAUUUGGUCGCAACGAUCCAAGGUUGCAACGAGGACAAAUCACUUCACGAAGUGGUGUUCAACGCGUUGAGCGACGUGCUUGUUCAGAGAUUGAAGAGUGAAACCGUCAACGAAGCGAUUAAAACGAAAAUCUGUCAAGACUUUCCCAAACUGAUUGAUUUGGGAAGCGUUCACGUUCUGUACAACACGCUGGAGACUUUGACGAUCCUUCUAGCUCAACCAGCAACGUUGAAAAAGGAGACGUUCGACGCCUUCCGGGAGGUGAUCAACCGAUGCUACCGUGAAAUCCUGAUCUACCGCAAGUCGGACCACUUUAUGAAGUUGAUGGCCAGGUUUGUCCGGGCGUUGGUGGCUCCCGUGAAGGAAGGGGACACCGAAGAAAAUCAGAACAAUGCUUGGUUGAAGGAGGUCGUGAACGAGUACUGUGGGAUGUUUUUGGAACAGGCGGUGACGAUUGGAGGGUUGGCGAAUUUGCUGUUUGAGAAGCUGCUACAACUGCCUGUGGCGGCACUGUUGGAUUGGAAUCCGUUUGCGAGGUUCUUGCUGGUUGGUUUGCUGCUUGGAGAGGGACAGAAAAGGGAGCAGAGGAUCGAAGAUGAAUUCUGCGCUGCAAAAGCAUUGACGACACCCCUCUUCACCCCACCAACCCAACUCCAAUCGGACGCUCGCGUCCGCGUAAUGUGCGUCCUGUUCCUGUACCGCCUCGCCUCGACCAACCAUCCGGACGCCACCCUGUUCCUGCUGAAACUCGAACGCAUGCUCAUCGAACGCUUCCAGCAGAUCAGCAAAGCCAAGGAACGGUACUACGCCGACUCGCAAACCCAUCGCCACAAGCUGCGCAUUGUUCAGGCGUUGUGCGUACUGCUCAAGCUGACCGGAACUCAUCCGUACCCGCUGCUGGAGGUGGUUCUGUACGAGACUAAUCAACCUAACAUAAACUAUUUGAUUGAGUUGAUCUUGGCGGACUCGUCGAUCGACACGUUGACGAUCAUCAACUCGCUGCGCGCGGAUAAGGUCAAGGUGUCCGGAGUUCAAUCGGUCUUUGUGGUUCUUUGGCUUCGCUGCUGUAAGACUAAUUAUUUGGACGUGGAGUACAUCAACUUCCUGCUGCCGUGGACCAUGGCGCAGAACUUCUCGACGCGACUGUACGCCCAAAUCACCAUCGCCAAGCUGAUCGAGAAGUUCUACGACAAGCCGGAGGCGGGUCCGUUCGGGAACAUCUACGCCGCGAUCAACAGCUACCUCAAGCAGGGCAACGUCGAGAAGAACCUGGAGAAGUGCAUGAAGGACUUCCGGUUCAACCGGGUGUUUGACUACGCGAACUUGCUGACGUUGGAGAACGUGUUUCACAACAUUCCUCGCGUUUCCGGGAUGGCCGCGGAAGAUGUGGUGGGGACGAGGGUUCUUGGGGAGUGUUUCGCUUCGUUGCAACUCGAGCGGAUCAAUCUGGGCGAGGCGAUCGAGUUUGGGGAGCUUGCGGUAGAGAAACGGGAGAGUUUGUUUCUGAGUUCCGGCUUUGGUGGGGCGGAUCACAUCCAGAAGAAGAUUGUGCCGUUGAAGGCGAUGGAACCGGGGAGGGAGUUGCUGGGGGAUUUGCCGGAGAGGUUGCGACUGAGGAAGGCGAAGGAGGACGGGUUGAUUGUGGUGGCAAGUUUGGUGGAUCGGGCGCCGAAUUUGGGCGGGUUGGCGCGGAGUAGCGAAAUUUUCGGCGUGCGACAGUACGUCGUGGGUUCGCUCAAGGAUGUCGAGAGCAGGGAGUUUCAAGCGUUGAGCAUGACCGCGGAAAAGUGGCUGAACGUGGCCGAACUCAAGUCGUUCCAGCUGGUGGACUACCUGCGCGAGAUGAAGGCCAAGGGUUACGCGAUAGUCGGCGCCGAACAGACCACCGGAAGUCGACCAAUUCAGCAGAUUCGGUUCCCAUCCCGGGCCGUUCUAGUCCUCGGGCACGAGAAGGAGGGCCUUCCGGCGCACAUCAUUUCCCAGCUGGACAUUGUGGCCGAGAUUCCGCAGUUUGGAGUGGUGCGGUCGCUGAACGUGCACGUUACCGGGGCCAUCUUCAUGUGGGAGUACGCCAGGCAGCAUCUCGUCGGGGUGGAAUGUAGUUAGAGGUGGUGUAAGGUAGGUUUAAUGAUUGUUUCAAAGAGAGAGAGUGAAAUAUUUUUAUAAAUA